AUCCCACAAUGCAUUGCACUGCCCACGUAUGCAAACAGGAACAUGGCUGCCGGUGUUUGACUGAGCUGCAGUCCAUUUUUAUUUAUUUCUGUCGGCCUGACAGCCCUCUAAAGUUGCCUCUUCAUACUUGAUUUACAUCUGCGACAGAAGUGGAGCGUUUGUGGUGUAUUUUUACCGCAUCUUCUGACAACGGUGUUUUUUGUUGCUCGUCAAGCAAACAGUGAAUCAUCAUGGCCAGUCCAAGAACACGAAGAGUUUUGAAGGAAGUCAGAACUCAAGAUGAAAAUAAUCUGUGCUUUGAGUGUGGGGCGUUCAACCCUCAGUGGGUUAGUGUGACCUAUGGAAUCUGGAUAUGUUUGGAAUGUUCUGGAAAACACAGGGGCUUGGGAGUACAUCUCAGUUUUGUACGUUCUGUCACUAUGGACAAGUGGAAAGAUAUUGAGCUUGAGAAGAUGAAAGCAGGAGGGAAUGGCAAAUUUCGUUUAUUUCUGGAACUCCAAGAUGAUUACAAUCCCAACUGGACCUUACAGGAGAAGUACAACAGCCGAGCUGCUGCGCUCUUUCAGGACAAGGUUGCCACUGAAGCCGAGGGGAAGGAAUGGUCUAUUGAAACAUCAUCUGCUAAAAACUGGGCAUCCCCUCAACCUAAAAGCAGCCUUUCAUCCUCGCAUCGUUCCGGGGGAUCAGGAGCGAACUCUGCAACAUCUGGUGAUAAAGCAUUUGAAGACUGGUUGAGUGAUGACGUCAACUCUUAUCAGAGUGGAGGUGGCUACAGUGGAAAUCAAGAGAAUCGCUAUGUUGGCUUUGGCAACACAGUGACCCCAGAGAAGAAGGAGGAUGACUUCAUAAAUAAUGCUAUGUCCUCCAUUUAUUCAGGUUGGAGCAAUUUCACUGUUGGGGCCACCAAGUUUGCUUCAAUUGCAAAAGAUAAUACAACCAAACUGGCAAAUCAAGCAACUUUGAAGUUAAGGGGCUAUAAGGCGCCCCCAGAACCGGCCACAGAGUUAGGACACACACUAAAUGAGAGUGUUAUCAAACCUACCCAAGAAAAGGUGAAAGAUGGCAAAUUGCUAGAUGAAAUGACAGUCGGCAUCACUGAGUUGGCAAACAAGAUGCAGGGAGCUGGUGCCAAAUUGACCAAUUUCUUCUCGGGAAAACCAGAAGAUGGGGCUGCUGGAGAUAGCUACCAGAACAUGGAUGCUACCGAGGGAUAUCAGGGCAGUUCUAGCCAGCCUGUCUCAAAGGACUUCUGGGAAACAUUUGGUAGCAACAGUUCCCUAAAGGCCAAGAAAUCCCCGAGCAGUGACAGCUGGACCAUCGCAGAUAAUUCUGCAAAGAAGAGCUCUGACAGUUGGGACAAUUGGGGCUCUGACGCGGCAUCCAACAACAAGCACAGCACAGAGGAGAGCUGGGAGGCCUGGGACAACAACUGGGAGAAUGCAGACGGUAAGGCCAAAAAAAGUCCCACAAAACCUGCGGAGGAAACCUGGGCCAAUGCAGACUGGUAGUCAUCUCGAGAGCCUCGACUUCCCCACUUCUGCCUCUCUUUCGCUUGUCAUCCCACUGGCACUUAAAGGGAGAGAAGCCGCUCGCCUAACUCUUCCCGUCAAUCCAUUCAAACGGUCGAUGUUGAACAGAUGCCCAAAGUUUACAUGAAGUGCAUGAUAAAAAGUCUCAUUCGUAAAAAUAACAACUAUAUUGACUUGUUUUAUAUUAUUGUAAAUGCUCCUCCCCCACCCCACCCCCAGGGAAAACAAUAUCAGUGUAUAUAAAAUCAUAGUUGAUUAUCCUACCCCUGAAAAUGGAAUAUAGACCUAUUGGUAAAUAAGCCAAUGUUCAUUCUGUAUACUUGUGACAUUGUGAUACUGCUGCUCAUUUCACUUCUUCAAGAAAAUGAUGCAUGAGAUUAAAAAAAUAAAAUAAAAUCUGUAAAUCAUUGUAAAUACAGAAUGAGAGAUUUGACGCAAACGUAUUCAAACGCAGGGCCACAUCAGUGUCCAUCACAUUUGAACGCUCGUGAAUUCCUUUGCAUACUGUCAAGGUGUUACACAAAAUAUUGUUUAGCAGUACAAUAAAAAUCAUGAAUAUAAAUGAACAUUGCUACAAGCGGUUGAUAUUUCACGCUUGUGAACUGAUCCAAAUCCUUUUUGAACUCUCUAAAGCAACGCUCCACCUUCCUAAAGCUACUACGAAUGAUGAUAGUUCAUAAGAUCCCUUCGUGGCUUGGUUGAAACAAUUUUGUGAACGGCGAUACAGUAUACAAUACUAACAAUAACUUGGAAGUUUCUCCCAGCUAUUUAUUGGGGAAGAGUAAGUGCGUCUUUUUCAUAAAAUUUAUGGUAGAUUGUGCUUUUUGUACAAAUGUCAAACCCAGGAUGCCGUUCACUCACACGCAGCAUGUCCUGUAAUCAUCUUAAAUUGGACUUUUAUGAAGUUGCACAUGCUGUCCAAUUCGCGUUGUUUGGGGUGUCGUCAAUAGUGCACGAGGAACUGCCAUUGUACUUGAUCAAUGUGAAAUACACCUACGUUUUGGUCUACAGAUGGUGAAUGCUUAUGUGUCACUGUCAUCGCCUCUUGUUUGACUGAAAGCGACAGACAUGACAAAAGUUUCAUUCAAAUACAACUCAGACAAUGUUUACAAGUCCGGGGCAGUGUGCAACGGCACCUUUUAUGAUGUCGCAUUUCAAUCUCUCGAACAAACUUGUCAUACAUGUUUGUUUAUGCCCUGCUAAACACCCGUUUGCUGUUUUUGCGCUCAGGUGCACUCUGGUGGCAUCUUAGUGUCAAGGAAGUGUGUUGAAAUGAGUUGAGGCGUUCCUUUAGCGGUGACUUGAUGCUCUCUUGUGGUAGCAAGAUGUAGUUACAAACCUCCUGGAGGGUGGGGGGUUCAUUUACUUGCAAGUUUUUGCAGCCUUGCUGCAAAUAUAGAAGGUUCACUACUUUAAAUUAUGCAUCCUGAUAUCGAGUAUCAGUGUUAUAAUAAUUUUAAAAUCUAUUAUACCAGACAAACUUCGUUCUGUUUGUGGAGCUUUGUUUGGAAGAAGUCAGAGCAGUUCUUUCCAGCAUUAUCAUACUUUGUGUAACACUUUGGAAAAUACUCCCCAUUUUAGUUUUUUCUCCUCCCCUGUAUCCACCGAAAAGAAAACUUUAUUCCAUUCUGUUUCUACCUCAAACAAGAAUUUACUACACAGUGUGCGUAUGUGGUAUGUCUUUAUUAUCAUGUGGAUUUCACGUUGUGUUAAAGCAAGACAAAAUGGGACGCCGGCAACUUUGAUGUGUUUCAAUGUCAGUACAGUACUGUGAUUUAAAAAAGAAAAAAAAAAUCACUCCAAGGACAGUUGUCCUGCUGGACCUGAUGUUCCUGUUUGCAAAUGUCUUUCAAGCCUUAAACCGCUCUUCUUUGCUUUGUUCAUGCUCACGCCAGCUUGUGAGUCUGUGCGUGUGAUGCCGUGAGUUGUACAUGUUUGUAAAUGAACAUCUCGUAUCAUGCGUGUUUGUGCAUUGUCAAAUUGAAGAUCGACUGUGAGAUUUAUUUUUCUUCCCCUUUCAUGACAGCAUGAUAUAUAGCAGAUAUUCGUUUCAAAACAAUCUUGUCCUCUUCACGUGAGUCAAAAGCUGAAGUGAAUGUCUUGGAGUAAUUCGCUGAAUGUGUCAAGAAACAAAAUGCAUCCAGGUGCUGACAUAAAAACACAAGACACAAUUUGCUCUACUGUAUAAUCUAAACCUAAUUCUACAUU